GAGCAGCGGAGGCGCAGCCCCGGGCCACGGCGGGGGUCGGGGCGCUGCCGCCGGGCCAUGAGAGCUGAGCCGCCGGCCCCGCUCCGCCGCGGCUGAGCAUCGCCCCGGGACCGGGGGGGGCGGCGGAGGGAGGGCCUGAAGGGGACGGAAGGCACGAAGGAAGGCGGCGGUGUCCCGGCCGCGCCCGUACGGGGAUGUGAAUGGCGCUGGAGGUGGUCGGCGGGACCGACAUGGACUGGGAGAAGCUGCCGCGGCGGCCCGGGGAGGCCGAAGGGGAGGCGGCGGGGCCGUGGCUGGGCUGCGGCCGGCCAAGGCCCUCCUCGUACCGGGCUCUGCGCAGCGCCGUCUCCACCCUGGCGCGCAUCGACGACUUCUACUGCGAGAAGAUCGGCGCCGGUUUCUUCUCCGAGGUGUUCAAGGUACGGCACCGCCAGUCGGGGCAGGUCAUGGUGCUGAAGAUGAACAAGCUGACCAGCAACAGAGGCAACAUGCUGCGGGAGGUGCAGCUGAUGAACCGCCUCUCACACCCCAACAUCCUCAGGUUCAUGGGGGUGUGCGUGCACCAGGGACAACUGCACGCGCUGACGGAGUACAUCAACGGUGGGAACCUGGAGCAGCUGCUGGACAGCCCCGUGCCCCUCUCCUGGUCCGUACGUGUCAAGCUGGCCCUCGACAUCGCCCGUGGCCUGCGCUACCUGCACUCCAAGGGCAUCUUCCACCGUGACCUCACCUCCAAGAACUGCCUUGUGCGCUGUGAGGCCAAUGGCUACACGGCAGUGGUGGGUGACUUCGGCUUGGCGGAGAAGAUCCCCAACUACAGUGAAGGCACCGAGAAGGAGCCGCUGGCUGUGGUGGGCUCCCCGUACUGGAUGGCGCCUGAGGUGCUCCGAGGGGAGAUCUACAAUGAGAAGGCUGAUGUGUUUGCAUACGGCAUCAUCCUGUGCGAGACCAUCGCUCGUGUCCCUGCUGACCCCGACUACCUGCCCCGCACUGAGGAUUUUGGUCUGGACGUCACCACCUUCCGCACCAUGGUGGCCAUCGACUGCCCAGCAGCCUUCCUCCAGCUCGCUUUCCACUGCUGCAGUAUGGAGCCCACCUCCCGCCCCUCAUUCCUGGAAAUCACACAGUGCCUGGAGGGCAUCCUGCAGCACCAGCUGGGUGUCGAGGACACUGGGGACACCGUCUUCAGCACUGGGGAGAGCCUGCCCAUGCCUGCGACAGCAGCCACCCUCACUGGGAUACCCAAGAGGGGAACCAGCCACUCCGAGCAGUCCCCCCUGCGCGAGCUGGGGACGCAGCACCUACAGCCGCAGGACCAGUGCCUGUCCCGCAGCCAGUCCGACGUGUUCCCCCCGAGAUCACCCACCCUGCUGCAGCCGCUGGAGCCUUACAGCGGGGCCAGGACCAAGGACUCGUCCCCCCGCAUCAACCCCUUCUCCCAGCGCGAGGACCUCAAGGGAGGCAAGAUCAAGCUCUUCGACACACCAAGCAAGUCCGUCAUCUCCCUCACUUUCGACCUGCCCCCCCCCGGGCCGCUGCAGCUCAGCACCCCCGUGACCCCCGAGCCCGCAGUGGAGGUGCAGUGUGACUUCUCUGCCCCCACUGCUGCCCCCCGCAAGUGCCACUCGCUGCCCAGCUCCCCAGAGCUGCCCCGCAGGGGGGGCCUGGAGCUGGAUGUGGGGUCCCCCCAUCCCACCGGUGACCUCCAGACCCCAGCUCUCCUUCCACCUCCGGCUCGGGGACGAGCCUCUUCCUCCAGCGCCAGGCCAUUGGAGCGGAGGGACUGCAGCCCUGGCAGCCCUCACCCCCCGCAGGUCCCCUUGGUACCCCCCAACAACAACUUCAUCCGCACGGCAUCCUCGGAAGUCCGGCUCUGGCAGCCGGAGCCACAAGCCCCCGACGGGCUCCUCUUCAACAACAACCGCAUGGUGAUCAGCAAACCUCUGUCGUGGGACAGUGAGUUGGAGCAGAGCUUCUCCGAGCUCAGCAUUCCCUGUGCGGCGGCGAUGGAGAGGACGGACCGUGCGGCCAUGCUGCCUGGGCACGGCUCCGGUGCUGUGCUGGAGCAGGAUGAGGUGCUGCCUUGUCCUGGGUGCUGCCUGACACUCUUCAGCUUCAGCUUCCUCUCUGUCUGCCACCGGCCGGCCCCCAGCCCACCCCACUACCAGAACCUCAACUGUGAGUCCAAGAGCCUCUUCUGCCACCAGAAAGCCCCAGGGCCGGUGCUGGCAGAGCCCAGUCUGAAGCUGCCAGAGGCACAGACCUAGUACUGGGGCUCGCGGGGAGUGGGGCUGCAUCCAGCUGCCCCACAGAUCCCUUGGCACAGGGGCCUGUUGUGUCCUCAUGGUCUGCCCUGACUGGCUCAGUGGUUGGUGGCCACUGGUGGCUGUGGUACCACUGAGGCACUUGGGCACCCAUCCCACCUGGGUGAUUCUUGGGGGUCU